GUGUAGUGUACAAUCCUUAUCGCCGGAGCUAUCUCCUACGGGCAGUUCAGGUUAACCGUGAAAAUUUGCAGCAAUCUACUUCGCCAUCGAUUCUCCCUCGACCGAACACAAACAUCAUCGCAAUGUCGGACGGCGUCAAGCACAUCAACUCGGCCCAGGAGUUUGCGAACCUCCUCAACACAACCCAGUACGUCGUCGCUGACUUCUACGCCGACUGGUGCGGGCCUUGCAAGGCCAUUGCGCCCAUGUAUGCCCAGUUUGCGAAGACCUUCUCCAUCCCCAACUUCCUCGCCUUUGCCAAGAUCAACGUCGAUAGCGUCCAGCAGGUUGCUCAGCACUACCGUGUCUCCGCCAUGCCCACCUUCCUCUUCUUCAAGAACGGCAAGCAGGUCGCCGUCAACGGUUCCGUCAUGAUCCAGGGCGCCGAUGUCAACAGUCUGCGGGCCGCUGCCGAGAAGAUGGGCCGUCUGGCAAAGGAGAAGGCUGCUGCCGCUGGCUCGUCGUGAGGUUCGGAAAGGAAAGAAAACAAGACGAAAGAGAUCAAAGGCAUACAGAGCAUCCAGUUGUGGAUCAAGUGUACAUACUACACUACAGCAUGGACAUUUGCGUCUGGCUAUUUUCGGCGGGGGUUGGAGAUCAGCUGUUGCUGAGUGAACCGAAUAGAAAACUGUCAGUUGUUCAGGUUAUGAUGUCAUGGGAUCUUCGGGCGACGGUCUGAUAAGUACCUCUACCAUGGAUGAUCACACCGUGACCCUUGAGCCCCAAUUUCUGCCAGAUACUUACUAUUAUAUACACUAUACCACUGGAUAGUACACA